CUUCCCGUGUUGAUUAUCGUUGCAGAAUUAAAUUGCAAGGCACGACGCGCACAAUAUCCCCAGAAUUGCCAUCAGACAUAUUAUUAUUCUGCUGUAGAGAUACACUUGCCUUGAGAUCGCUUCAAGAUGGAGAUGUCAAUGAUGAUGACAAUGACCACCUUCUACUAUCUGAUCUUCUCCGUGGCGCAUAAUCGCUUCGUCCGCGUACCCAGACCCAACCUGCGAGGCAUUCCCGAGGCCAAUAACAGCAGCGACACAGCCCGAUCGGCGGUGUACCUCGACCAGAGAUGCUCCGUGAAAGGUCUUUUCACGCUGCAAGACGCCGGCUCGGCGCGGCAUUCCGACGACCACCGACAAGUGCAGAUCUUUGGCUACAACUCGCAGCUGCCGCUGGUACUGAAGAAGGAGAAGUCCGUCAGUCAUUUCGUGCACCUGCCCGCCGCCAACGCCAGUGAGUACCUGAGCACGGAGAGCCGACCGGGCAUGAGCUCCACAUUCGUCUUCCAGAGGCAGGCCAACGGCCGCUUCAGGAUCCUGGACGAGGAUGAGAAGCUAGCUCUGGUGGCCGUGACGCCGGUGCUGCUACGCUUCGUGCCUGUUGAGCAGCUCACGACCAUUCAAGACCUGGUCUCCGCCGAAUUCAGGCUGUUCGCCACUGAGAAAAUGCAGCUGAGGAUGAUGCGGUGCAACGACAGAGUCAGAAGCAACAGGCUUAGACGGUAGAUCGAUUCACUGCUCCUAUGCGAAAACAAUCAUGUCCCAAUGUGUCGGUAAUUGGACCAAGUUCGCACUGCAUAAGACUCGUGUAGCCACAAAAUGCCCGAGAUAUACAUCAUACAUAAUUAUAACCUUGUACGCCGACCUGUAAGGAGACAGCCUUUUGUCAAGCGAAACGGAUAGUGUUCCAAGGUGAUGAAGCUUUAAUUAACAGAACACUUAUGAACGCAGCUACUAAUGAUGUUUUGCACGCCUUUCUGUCAUCAGCAGCUCAUCGCUAUGUCAUACAAUGAGUCUACUAUUCUACUAUUUAUUAUCCAGAUCUCACAGACUAGUACAGAACUGGCUGUAUGGUCUGGUCGAAACGGCCAAUUGAAAUCCAGACAAUUUAUUAUUAUGUUUCUGUCAUGUGGCUUUAUGCUGUGAGCAGAUCCGGAGAGAAUACGUUAACUUGAAAUACGAAAUUACAUGCAAACAGUGAUAUCUCAAUCAUGUAAUCUGCCAUUUUUAUACUGGACAAGGCCACUGAGUCCUCAGCCGAUCUACACAUACAUGUCCAUCAGUACAAUGCCAUGUACCUUCUAGAACACAUUCUAUACACAAUUGCCAUCGCACUCUAUUUCUAUGAUCUCCUCGGAUCGGAUUAUCAGACCUAGUAGAGUUGUUUAUCAGAUACUUCGUAGUUAUCAUCCCAGGCCUACUACCCCCUGUAUCAUAUUCUGAAGUAACUUCUUCUCGAAAUUUCUUCACCUAGAAAUAUAAAAUGUUCCGCUCCCAA